CAGGUAUAUAAAAUCUAAUAAUUGUAUGUCAUGGUCCCCUUCACUGAAACAUGUCUGCGGAGACCCGCAUAAGCUUGAUAACCCAUGUUUAUUUUUCAUUGCUUUUGCUUCCAGCCAUUGAUCUUCACUAUUAUGCGUUGACAUCGUGGGAUGUCUCGUAUUUGUUUAAUGAUAUGGGAUGCAGUAGACCAUCCGCAGAGCUUUCUUUGUACGGAUUGUUAUAGAUCGGACCAGGUACAAUACAGCAAUGACGCAAUAGCAAAAUGCAACACAAUCAAUGCAAU